CGGGGCACAGCCGCGCGGGCGGGCGGAGGCGCGCGCCGGUCGCUGAAGCUCCGGGUCGCCGCCGCCGCCGCCCGCCGCGCACCGAGCUCCCGCCCCGGGGCCGCUGGGUGGCCUCCAGGCCGUUGGCACUAUGCACACGCCGGGUUCUGCGGGCCCGGGCGACGCGCGCGCGGUGGAGAUCAUGGACAUAUGUGAGUCCAUUCUGGAGAGGAAGCGGCAUGACAGCGAAAGGUCUACCUGCAGUAUCUUGGAGCAGACCGACAUUGAGGCUGUUGAGGCCCUUGUUUGCAUGAGCUCCUGGGGUCAAAGAGCCCAAAAGACUGAGCUCUUAAGGAUCCGACCCCUCACUCCGGUCUCCGACUCUGGGGAUGUCCCCACUGGUGGGCACGUGGAUGCAGCAGCAGCCGAGCUACCAAAGGACUUCCAUUCUCUAUCAACUCUGUGCAUGACUCCUCCCCAGAGCCCUGACCUCAUGGAUCCUUCGAUGGGAACACUUGUCACUUCCCAGAUAACUGAUUCCAAAGCACGCUUGAUCGUAGCCACGCCCUCAGCCCCCAGUGGGCCAGCUAACAUGCAGAGCAGGAGGGCGGAGAAGGGCCUGCCUGCUGUGAAGCCGGAGCCACGGGAGCCAGCCGUGGGCCCCACCUGCGGGGCCACAGUGACAAGUGUCAUCUGCCAUACUACGGGGAACCCUCCCGCCCACAUUCCUACUGCCCAGGCUCCAGACCACGGACAGUCAGACAGCAGAGAAGGGAAAACACGGUUUCUGGGACCUACAGAAGCUCUGCAGGACGCACCCCUCAUGGACAAUGUGCUUGCUGCGGACUUGGUGUCCUGUCAGCCCUGUUUGCACAAGUCUGGUGGCCUGGUCCCUGCUGACAGCGGCCACCAGCUAGGGUGGCCUCUCGCAGUCAAAACCUGCUCACCAAAGAAUUCCGAAAGUGACUUGCCCGGGAAGGCCGCUCCUCUGAUUUCUGUCCCUGUCCCCAACCCUCCUGUCCUUUGCCAAAUGAUCCCUGUGACUGGACAAAAUGGCCUGUUAUCAGCUGUUUUGAAGCCUCCUCCCCAAGUGUCAGCGGGGACUGCCAAGCCCAUCCUGCCCCAGCCGGUGGUGGUGGGCCCCUCUGUGCCUCAGGGAGCCGUGAUGCUGGUGCUGUCCCCCGGAGCCCUCCCCCCGCCCGCCGCCUGCCCAUCGGCCCUGAUGGCUGUCGGGAGCCCCAAGUUGCUGCCCCUAGCGCCUGCACCAGUGUUCAUUGCCUCCAGUCAAAACUGUGCCCCUCAAGUAGACUUUUCCAGAAGAAGGAACUAUGUGUGCAACUUCCCAGGCUGUCGGAAAACGUACUUCAAAAGUUCCCACCUCAAGGCUCAUCUCCGCACUCACACGGGGGAGAAGCCUUUCAGCUGUAGCUGGGAGGGCUGUGAUAAGAAAUUUGCUCGGUCGGAUGAACUCUCUCGCCACCGCCGAACUCACACAGGGGAGAAGAAGUUCGCCUGCCCCGUGUGUGACCGGCGCUUCAUGCGCAGUGACCACCUGACGAAGCAUGCCCGGCGCCACAUGACGACCAAGAAGAUUCCCGGCUGGCAGGCGGAGGUCGGCAAACUGAACAGGAUCGCCUCGGCCGAGAAGCCGGGCAGCCUGGGCGCGGGUGCGCCUGCCUCUGCCUGAACCACCUCAGAUCCGCUCUGCGGGGACUCAAACUCGCGCUUCUCCUGGAACGUUCAUCUCGGGGGCUCAGGCAAAGUGGGAGCUGGCUCUGAUGAAAGUAUGUUCACUUGUUCUUUUCCGUUGGGACCCUGUUCAAUAUCGUUUAUAGUUUCAGAAGUUUUGUUGUUUUUUUUUAAAUUUUUUUUUAAAGAAAAUGGGGGGAAAAUUGAUAAUCUAAAUCACCAGCAUUCAUAUAACCAUUUUGGCAAUAAAGUUUACAAAAUCUGGAUUUUUACAAUGUUUCUAUUCAUGUUUUGUAGAAGUGAAACAGGGUACUGGUUUUUAUACUGUUUUAUAGCAAAAAAAAAAUAUUUAUAUUGCUGGUGUUCAGAUCACCAAUUUCUAGGUAGGUAAUUUUACAAUCUUUGUUUUAAUGUUAAUAACAUUUUUAUAACCUUUUUGUAAACUUGGCAUAUUAAAUCAGAAAAGUAAAAAUCACACAGUUUUAAUUAGGCCUUUUAGAGCUCAGAAUUUUCUAGAAUCAGAACUGGUUGAGUAGGGGCCUCUUUGAAGUAAGUGGGGUGGGGUGGGAACUUUGUAGUGAGCUUCUUCGUAACAUUUUCCAAGGAAAUUCCAGGCAGACCAUUCCUUCAAGGCGAUAGCCCAAGGAAUUCCAGUGAAGUGGAGCUAGUCACCUGUGCCCGUGGUGUGACACGUGAGGGCCGCUCGCCGGAAGAGAUCUUCAGUAUGUGCUAGGUGACCAGUGAGCAGGGAGGCCGUUGAGAGUCAGACCGUGCUCUGGCGAGGCGGGCAGCGUUUCUUUUCCAGGGAGCAAAUCCCUUUCAGUUUCCUGUUUGUACUUCAUUCACCAGAAAAAAAAAAUCAUAUAAGCACUCGGGCUUGA